AUGUCCCUCUCUGCCUUGCUCAUUGCCGUAUCAUUACUUCCUGUUGCAGUGGCAAUGGGCGGCCUACAGGUGCUACACGGUGAAUUCGCCGUACCUUCGAUCGACAAUUUAGCCGAAAAUCAGCCGAAUGUUGUCCUUAAUGGCGAUACAUUGGCCGGCACAGCGCGGCGCCACAGGUUGCGCCUCACUGUACUCUCCUCGUUGUUGAUAUCGUUGGGUGUGGCUUACCUUGUCAUGCUCUGUUUCAUCGUACUGAGGUCCCGUAAAGCUAACCAUGAGCAUGGGGUACAAUCACGAAGGCUUGCAGAGGGUGGCGACGAGGAAUGCCCCGCCAGCGAAGUGGUGCAAGCUGCUAGGAACCUAUGCCGACGCCUUUGGCUUCCUCACUUAGUUGCCCUGAAGGGUGAUCGCAGUGCACUGGUGGUUGCCUCUUGGUCCACAACAUCAGCAGACAGUUUAGAAACGGCGGUCAUUGCUGUGCCCAGGACCAGGAGGCGUAUUCAUGUUGAAUACACGCUGGUUGACCCCGCUAAAUGGGCAGGAGCUUGGGCAGACGAUGAAAGGGCGCAUUUGCCUCUUUGGUGCAGAGCUGGAGCUAUCUGUGCUAGUAGCGCUGGAGGGUGGACGGACAAGGGACCGAGGCUUGACGACGGUGCAUCAGGGCUGCUGGGGCUGCUGGCAAAGAUCAGCCGGUGCCCAAUGGGUGACACGGGAGUGUAUGUGGAGGGCUAUGGCGCGGAGAUGGGUAUUUCUGCAGUGGUGCAUGUCAUAGGACAGUUGGAGUCGCGCCGGGUGUUUCAGAAACAGCCCCAAGCGGUUGGCCAGGAGCGUCUUGAGUAUUGUGUCGUUUCCGGUUGUGCUCAGGCCGCGCAGCCGGAAGCGACACGAUACUCAAGACACUCCUGUCCAAUCUUUGGUAUCGUCCCGUACCAAACUAGACCAAGGAUGCAGCGCGUGUGCGUCGUGGAACAGACGGAAUUUCGAUACGGUGUUGCCUGCGUAGCUUGCAUUGUUUUAAGGGUAUUGUAUUUCACCCUUGCAGUUGACUGGUUCUUGCUUGCUGCCCUGAUAAAGGUGCUGAAGGGGAUUAGCUCACACAGUAGCUACAGGCUGCUGAGGGAACGGGAGAAUUUAUUGGGACGGCUUGCGCUUAAGCUGAGAGUCAUGCGGGAUGAGGUGAGUAUAAAAGUAGGGGCCACGACCCCAUCCAUCUAUGGAGGGCUACGGCUCUUGAACAGGGAUCAGUGCAAAGACACAGGCACAACUGGGGGAGGCGAGGACAGGGAAUAA